AAUAUUCGCAUUCCCAGAAGAAGCAUCUGAAUAGCAAAAGUUGUUUUAUUUUUACACCAGAUUAAAUAUUUUUGUCGAUUCAUUGAUUUGUGGCUAUUAGGCGCCUAGAAAACAGGGUUCUGUUGCAUUCCUGUUAUACGAUGGCUGAUGCUUGGGAUGAAAUAAAAGCAGUAAAGACCAAACGUAAUACACUGCGAGAAAAGUUGGAGAAACGGAAGAAAGAGCGUGCCGGUUUGCUGUCUUCGUCGCCAAAUAACGUUGUUGAUACAGCCAAGGAUUCACCGAAUCCACCAUUAGAAUUAGAGACGGAUGCCGAAGCAGAGAAAGCGGUUUUGCAGGCACUCUCCUCCAGCACACUUGUGCUUCCAAUAAUAUCUACACAAUUGUUGGAAAAAGUGGCUACAUUUUUGGAUAAAGCACCUGCACAGCAAGUAAUUAAUUACACCCUAAACAAAUUGGCCGAGCAAGGAGCAGUCAAUAUCAAAAGUGUUACCAUCGGAAAGGAUGUGGGCUGCGAAGUGAUUUCUGUAGAAACUAACAUUGUGUUAGGUCUAUAUAAAGAACUGAUUAAUGACAGUUAUGUGGGUAUCAAGGAAGAGCUGAAACGCAAAUUCGAAACGGAUGAUGCCGAGAAUGAGGACUGUAAUCUUAAUAAGAUGGUGAAGGCGGAAGCUAAUGCAGCACCAAAUGCGCGAAAAGAGACGACUAUCGGCGGUUCGGAUGCAUCUGAUGAUAUAAUGUCCCUCCUCUCGAUGCCAUCAACGCGCGAGAAGCAAAGCAAACAAGUCGGCGAGGAAAUACUCGAAUUAUUAACCAAGCCCACUGCCAAGGAACGCUCUGUUGCAGAAAAAUUCAAAUCACAUGGUGGGGCGCAGGUUAUGGAAUUUUGUCCACAUGGCACAAAAGUGGAGUGCCUUAAAGCGCAACAAGCCACUGCGGAAAUGGCAGCCAAAAAAAAGCGGGACCACAAAUUAGAGAAUGCCAGGAAAGCGAUUAUCGAUUUGGAAGGAAUCCAAAAAAAUAACGAGGAAACAACAAAUAUGGACGAUGCAAAUGCAACAUCGGAUAGUAAUGGCAACACCAGCGGGAAGGAAGAGAAAAACGAUGCCAAGGCUGCAGAAUCGGAUGCGGAAGAUGGCGAAAUUGUAUCGGAUAACUUAAAGGACGGCGAAGUUGAUUCGGAACAAUCGUCGGAUGAACUUUUAGAGACAUUAGAUACUUGCACAAAAUUGCAUUUUAAGAAAAUCAUCCAAUCGCACACCGACGAAUCACUCGGCGACUGCAGUUUUUUAAAUACGUGUUUUCACAUGGCGACAUGCAAGUAUGUGCAUUACGAAGUCGACACGAUACCGAAUAUAAACACUAACAAGCCAGUCGAUGUUAAGACUAAACUUUGCAUCAAACGAAGCAUUGAUCCCAGCGUAACACUCUAUCCCCCGCAGUGGAUACAAUGUGAUUUGCGUUAUCUAGACAUGACAGUACUCGGCAAAUUCGCCGUUGUUAUGGCCGAUCCACCGUGGGAUAUACACAUGGAAUUGCCUUAUGGUACAAUGUCCGAUGAUGAGAUGCGGCAGUUAGGCGUACCAGCGUUGCAAGAUGAUGGACUUAUUUUCUUGUGGGUAACAGGUCGCGCUAUGGAAUUAGGACGGGAGUGCCUAAAGCUCUGGGGUUAUGAACGCGUUGACGAGCUCAUUUGGGUAAAAACAAAUCAAUUGCAACGCAUCAUACGCACAGGUCGUACAGGCCAUUGGUUGAAUCAUGGCAAAGAACAUUGUCUGGUUGGCAUGAAAGGUAAUCCGAAAAAUCUCAAUCGCGGUCUCGAUUGCGAUGUUAUUGUUGCAGAAGUACGCGCCACCUCACAUAAACCCGAUGAAAUAUACGGCAUCAUUGAACGUCUUAGUCCAGGCACACGUAAAAUAGAACUUUUUGGCCGACCACACAACGUGCAACCGAAUUGGAUUACUUUGGGCAAUCAAUUGGACGGUAUACGCUUGGUCGAUCCAGAGUUAAUAACACAGUUCCAGAAGCGAUAUCCCGAUGGAAAUUGUAUGUCACCAGCGGCAGCUGCUGGAGCGGCUGGAUCAACAACUAAUCCGGCAAGUACCCCCAAGAAGUAAAGAGCAAUAAAUAAACACAAACCCAGUAAAAAAAAA